AGUCUCUGCUCGGUGGCCCGGGAGAGCUGAGUUCCCUGUCCGGCGCCGUGGAACGGCAGCUGAACGAAACGCUGCGGCGACGCCGGCACGCGGGAGGCGACGACUACAACAUCGAGGUGCUGCUGGGCGUGGACGACUCCGUGGUCCGAUUCCACGGCAAGGAACACGUUCAAAACUACCUCCUCACCCUCAUGAACAUCGUGAAUGAGAUUUACCACGACGAGUCGCUGGGCGUCCACAUCAACGUCGUGCUGGUGCGGAUGAUCAUGCUGGGCUACGCGAAGUCCAUUAGCUUGAUCGAAAGGGGGAAUCCCUCGAGAAGCCUGGAGAACGUCUGCCGCUGGGCGUAUCAGCAGCAGAAGCCGGAUCCCAGUCACUCCGAGCACCACGAUCAUGCCAUCUUCUUAACCAGGCAAGAUUUUGGGCCCGCAGGUAUGCAAGGAUACGCUCCUGUUACUGGCAUGUGUCACCCGGUGCGGAGCUGUACUCUCAACCACGAGGAUGGGUUUUCAUCAGCUUUUGUUGUUGCUCACGAAACCGGUCACGUGCUGGGCAUGGAGCACGACGGGCAGGGGAACCGAUGCGGGGACGAGACGGCGAUGGGCAGCGUGAUGGCCCCCCUCGUGCAGGCGGCCUUUCACCGCUACCACUGGUCCCGCUGCAGCGGCCAGGAGCUCAAGAGAUACAUCCACUCUUAUGACUGUCUUCUCGACGACCCUUUCGAACACGAUUGGCCCAAGCUUCCUGAACUACCAGGCAUCAAUUAUUCCAUGGACGAGCAGUGCCGCUUUGAUUUUGGCGUUGGCUAUAAGAUGUGCACGGCGUUCCGAACCUUUGACCCGUGCAAGCAGCUGUGGUGUAGCCAUCCAGACAACCCCUAUUUCUGCAAGACGAAGAAAGGACCUCCCCUCGACGGGACAGAGUGUGCCCCUGGAAAAUGGUGCUACAAAGGUCACUGCAUGUGGAAGAACGCCAACCAGCUGAAGCAGGACGGCAACUGGGGACCCUGGACGAAAUUUGGCUCCUGCUCACGGACCUGCGGAACUGGAGUUCGCUUUCGAACGCGGCAGUGCAACAAUCCGGUGCCCAUUAACGGAGGCGAAGACUGCGCUGGUGUCAAUUUUGAGUUUCAGCUCUGCAACACGGAGGAGUGCCCGAAGCACUUUGAGGACUUCAGAGCGCAGCAGUGUCAGCAACGCAAUUCCCACUUCGAGUAUCAGAACAGCAAGCACCACUGGCUGCCCUACGAACACCCCGACGCUCACAAGAGGUGUCACCUGUACUGCCAGUCCAAAGAAACCGGAGAUGUUGCCUCCAUGAAGCAGCUGGCCCACGACGGGACUCGCUGCUCCUACAAAGACCCCUACAGCAUCUGCGUCCGCGGAGAGUGCGUGAAAGUGGGCUGUGACAAGGAAAUCGGCUCCAAUAAGGUGGAAGACAAGUGCGGCGUCUGCGGCGGGGACAACUCACACUGCCGAACGGUGAAGGGCACCUUCACCCGCACUCCCAAAAAGCUCGGGUACCUUAAGAUGUUUGAUAUCCCUCCUGGUGCUCGACAUGUGUUUGUCCAAGAAGACGAGGCUUCUCCUCACUUUCUUGCAAUCAAGAACCAGGCUACAGGACACUACAUUCUGAAUGGGAAAGGGGAGGAGGCCAGAUCCCGAUCCUUCAUCGACCUGGGCGUGGAAUGGGAGUACAACAUCGAAGACGACAUAGAGACGCUCCACACCGCCGGGCCCUUGCACGAUGCGGUGGUCGUGCUGAUCAUCCCCCGGGAGAACGACACAAGAUCUAGCCUGACCUACAAAUACAUCAUUCAUGAGGAUUCGGUACCAACCAUCAACAGCAACAACGUCCUUCAGGAAGAGAUCGAUACUUUCGAGUGGGCGUUGAAGAGUUGGUCGCAGUGCUCCAAACCCUGCGGUGGAGGGUUCCAGUACACCAAAUACGGGUGCCGCAGGAAAAGCGAUAACAAAAUGGUCCAUCGCAGCUUCUGCGAAGCCGGCAAAAAGCCAAAGCCCAUUCGGAGGAUGUGCAACCUUCAGGAGUGCACCCAGCCCCUCUGGGCAGCAGAUGAGUGGGAGUACUGCACCAAGACCUGUGGGAAUUCCGGCUACCAGAUCCGUACGGUGCGUUGCGUUCAACCCCUUCACGACGGCGCCAACCGCUCCGUCCAUUUCAAGUACUGCGGCGGAGAGCGGCCGGAGAGCCGCCGGCCCUGCAACCGGGUGCCCUGCCCCGCGCAGUGGAAGGCUGGGCCCUGGUCCCAGUGUUCCGUGACCUGCGGGGAGGGAACCGAGACCCGGCAGAUCGUGUGCCGUGCUGGUGACCGGUGCGAGGGAGAAAAGCCGGAAUCGGCGCGGGUGUGUAAACUCGCUCCAUGCAACGAUGAGCCCUGUAUGGGAGACAAAUCCAUCUUCUGCCAGAUGGAAGUCCUUGCCCGUUACUGCUCCAUCCCGGGCUACAACAAGCUGUGCUGCGAGUCCUGCAGCAAGCGCAGCAGCACCCUCCCACCGCCGUUCCUGACCCAAGCUGCUGAAACCCAAGAGGACGUGAUGUUUGAUGGGAGCGAUCUGCCCCAGGCUUUGAUGGUGCCAACUCCUGUAGCGCCCCACUACGCACAGCUCCUGCCUGGCAGAAGUUCUCCGGACAGGCUUCCCUUUGCGGAAGAGGACACAGGUACGCACGUCUCCCCACCCAACGCCAAGCCCAAAGGUGCUGAAUUUCCGCAGCGGAGAGCUCCUCAGGCACGGAAGGCUCCCGGGCUCUUUGCUUUGCUCCACCAGUCGCCUGCCAACAGCAGCAGCCUCGGUCCUCGUAACGCCCUUGCGUUGGCAGCAGCUCUUCCUGCAGGGCCAGCUGGUAACACCACAGCGGGUGCCCCUUCUCCGUCGAGAACCUCCAGGAAGAGCGAGAAACACGUUGGGAAGAGCUGGCCUUCGAGGUCCUCCACUGUGGAACGAUGA